AGCAGAGGGAGCUGCCCGGAGCCCGCGGGAGCCAGUUGGCCCUUUCGGUCGCUUCCUGGUCGACCGGCGCGGCGUGGGUUCGGCCGGAGAGUCUCCAAAGCGCAGGCGCCGUCGGGGCGGGGGAAAGGGAAGGAGGCUGACGACGAGGCACUCGCUGCGCUGGGCCGCCCGAGACCGCAGGAAAAUUAGUGAUGGUGUCUAUGACAGUGGUCCAGACUUUACCAACCUGAGGCUACAACUGAUGUAUUGACUAGAACACCCUGCCUACAUAUACUUCAGUAGCUGGUUAAAUGCAAUUGUGUCAGUAACAGAGGAAGGAUAAACAUGAGAAUAGCCGGAGUGGCAAAGUUGGUAAUAGCAGUGGCUGUGUUCUUGCUGAUGUUUUAUGUCAUAUCUCAAGUAUUUGAAAUAAAAAUGGAUGCCAGUUUAGGAAAUCUUUUUGCAAGAUCAGCACUGGACCUACCAUUGCGAACUACGAAGCCUCCAAGGUAUAAAUGUGGAACUACAAAAGCAUGUCCAGCGAAUCAUUUUGCUUUCAAAAUGGCAAGUGGAGCAGCCAACGUAGUUGGACCUAAAAUAUGUGUAGAAGACAAUGUCUUGAUGAGUGGUGUUAAAAACAACGUCGGGAGGGGCAUUAAUAUAGCCCUAGUAAAUGGCAAAACAGGUGAAGUAGCGGACACAAAAUUCUAUGAUAUGUGGGGUGGAGAUGUAGCCCCAUUCAUCGAAUUUCUGAAGACUAUUGCAGAUGGAACUAUUGUAUUAAUGGCAACAUAUGACGAUGGUGCCACUAAGCUUACUGAAGAGGCACGGAAGCUAAUAUCCGAUUUGGGGAGUACAUCCAUCAUGACCCUCGGCUUCAGAGACAACUGGGUUUUCUGUGGCGGGAAAGGAAUCAAAACCAAAAGCCCCUUUGAACAGCAUAUUAAAAACAACAAGGACACCAACAAGUACGAGGGAUGGCCAGAAGUUGUGGAGAUGGAAGGGUGUAUUCCACAGAAGCUAGACUGAACCAUCUGAAACUUGACAACAGACAAUGCAAAGAACAGUGGAGGGGGAAAUGCACUUUUCUGCUGCUAUGAGGUUGUGGGAUUUGGGAGGAGAGAGGCCAUGUAUGAACUCCAUCCUUUCUAGCAUGGCUUCUUGCACAGGACCCAUAAAAAGCUGUGCAAAGGGAUGGUAAAUUGCACCAAUUCAUUUGACUGGGGCAUGUGAAAUAGUUAUCCUGCUGGAUUGUGCCCUAUGUAAAUAAUUUCCAGGCAUGUUUUCACCUUAAAAUGUGCAUGGACAUUUUUUUUUUUAAUAUCAGGCUUAUUUAUUGUUAAACUGAAGAGAUUCUUUUUUUCCUCUCUUUUUUUCUUUUUGUAAAUAAGCCCUAAACAAACAGAACAAUUGUUUCUGAGCAUUCUUAUUCUUCCCUGUCUUUCUCCCUUUCUUCCUUGUUUCUAAAGCCACUUAUUGUAUGUAAAUGUCUUUUAGAACCACCCUCAUAAGCAAUGAGAUACGCAGUGGUUGAACUAAUCCUGAGCUUUGUUGUAUCCUGCUCAAUUACAACAUUGCUGUGAGUGCAUAUAUUUGGAUGGAUAUGUAAAUUUUAGAGGAAAAAAUAGUUAAUUAUUUUUAUGCUAUGUCUGUUGGAAAUUCACAUUCUUCAGUGACCCUUUUCAGACAGCGGGUGGGUGUUUGAUACAAAAAUGAAGGCCUGCUCUACAAAGCACAAUUAAAUGCUUUUCAUUAAAAUCAAAUGUGUAACAUUG